GUCUCCAAGUACGGAUCCGGAUCCUCCCUCGGUGGCGCGGUUGGUCACUCGCUCUUGUUGCAUCUCGCCCGGGCGGACGCGGCGGCGGGGCGGGCGGCGGCCCCGCGGCGUCGGUGAAGGGCGCGCCGCUGCCCGCCCGCCCCGCUCCCCGGCGGCUGCCCGCGGUCAAGGGCUCGGUGGGGACGGGGCCCCCCCGGCCGAUGGCGGCCCCGCCGCCGGGCUGCGGCCCCUAGCCCCGAGGAGAGCCUGCACGUCCAGCCGGGCUCCGCGGCGCGGGGCGUUUUGGGGGGAAUGGAGGCGAUCGCCAGUCAGAUGGGAAAUGGGAGAGAUGCAAGCUCCUCCCCAAAUUCAAAGCAAGAGCUGCAGCCGUACCAGGGCUCCAAUACCCUCAAGCCCAACCAAGUGGGUGAGACCUCUCUGUACGGCGUGCCCAUCGUGUCCCUGGUCAUUGACGGGCAGGAGCGGCUGUGCCUGGCACAGAUCUCCAACACGCUGCUCAAGAACUACAGCUACAAUGAGAUCCACAACCGGCGGGUGGCCCUGGGCAUCACCUGCGUGCAGUGCACUCCGGUGCAGCUGGAGAUCCUGCGGCGGGCCGGGGCCAUGCCCAUCUCCUCCCGCCGCUGCGGCAUGAUCACCAAGCGGGAGGCGGAGCGGCUCUGCAAGUCCUUCCUGGGCGAGCACAAGCCGCCCAAGCUGCCCGAGAACUUCGCCUUCGACGUGGUGCACGAGUGUGCCUGGGGCUCCCGGGGCAGCUUCAUCCCGGCCCGCUACAACAGCUCCCGCGCUAAGUGCAUCAAGUGCAGCUACUGCAGCAUGUACUUCUCCCCCAACAAGUUCAUCUUCCACUCCCACCGCACCCCGGACUCCAAGUACACCCAGCCCGACGCCGCCAACUUUAACUCCUGGCGCCGUCACCUCAAGCUCAGCGACAAAACGGCCACCGAGGAGCUGUCGCACGCCUGGGAGGAUGUCAAGGCCAUGUUUAACGGCGGCACCCGCAAGCGGACCUUCUCCCUACAAGGGGCGGCCGCCGGCGGGCCCGGUGCCGGUUCCCCCGCCGCCAAGGCCGCGCUGCACCCGCCGCCGCCCGCCGGCCCCGAGCUGGCCCCGGCGCACAAGAGCCUCCGGUGCAGCGGGCAGGAGCCGGCGGGCGAGCGCGGGGCGCUGGGGCUCCCGGCGGCGCACGGCGGGGCGGCGGGCGCGCACGGCGGGGCGGCCGCGGUGCGCAGCUACCCGGUGAUCCCGGUGCCCAGCAAGGGCUUCGGGAUGCUGCAGAAGCUGCCGCCGCCGCUCUUCCCUCACCCUUACGGCUUUCCCGCCGCCGCUUUCGGACUCUGCCCCAAAAAGCAGGAGGACGCGCUGGGCGGCGCGGGGGGCGGCGAGGCGGGCAAAGGCGGCGCGCUGCCCCCCGGCAUGUUCUGGGGACCCCCGCACCCCCACCCGCACCAGCCGGCCCAGCCGCCGCACCAGCCCGGAGCCAGCAAGGACUCCGGUGUCUAUCCCUCCUUCCCCGUGUUCUGGCCGGCCGCCGGCAGCCUCCCGGUGCCGCCGUACCCCGCGCAGAGCCAGGCCAAGGCGGCAGCCACAGCCGUGGUGGUGGCGGCGGCAGCGGCGGCGGCGGCAGCGGCGGCCGAACCGCCGGGGCUGUCGGGCCGGCACGGCGAGCUGGAGGGCUCGGAGCCGUCGGGCAGCGGGAGGAGCAGCGCUACCCCUCAGGAGGGCGCCGGGGCCGAGGGCGAGCGCUGCCCCAGCGCGCUGUCGCGGGCGGCGGGCGAGGAGGAGCGCUCCGGGGACGAGGCGCUGCUCGCCCCGCUGCCCCUGCCCAGGAAGGGCAGCUACCUCUCCGCCUUCCGCCCCGUUGUGAAGGACGCCGAGAGCAUCGCCAAGCUCUACGGCACCCGGGAGGCGUACGGCGGUGCAGCGCCCCGCGGCCCCGGCUAUCUGUCCCCGGACUUCCUCAGCGAGGGCAGCUCCAGCUACCGCUCGCUCUCGCCCGGGGGGGACACGGCCGAGGAGCCCGAGGUAGACGUGGAGUCCAACCGCUUCCCGGAGGACGAGGAGGAGGAUAACACUGCCGUACCCCCCGACGGACGGGACCCGCCGCCGCCUCGGCUGUUGGCCGGUACCGAGGAGCCGCCGCCGCCCGCUGAUGGGCCCGAGGAGAAGGUGGGAGAGCCAGUGGCACAGGAGGGCGGGCAAGCCCCUGACGGCAGCCCCGAGAGGAGCAGCAGCAGCGGCGGCUACGAGGUGCAGGGCCGGAGGGGGAGACAGGACACUCUACUCUCGGGGGUCUUCCCUGGGUCCCCCUCACUCGCUGUCUUGUAGGUGUUCGCGCCGGACCGGGGGGAGCACCUGCAGCCGCUGAAGUCCGCCGCCGCCCUGGGAGCCCCGGCCGCGUUUCUGUGCCCCCCCGAGGCGAAGGAGCAAGAUAAAGAAGACAAUCACUCCGCGGCAGAGGAUUUAGAGACCAGAAAAUCCUAUCAGGACCAAAGGAAUGUCUCUCAUCCCAGCCCUGUAAAUACCGACAGAGGAGAGGACACCCUCGGCAUGGAUGUCGCCGGGACGCAGCUGGUGGAGAAGGACAUCGAAAACCUGGCCCGAGAUGAGUUACAAAAACUGGUCCUGGAGCAAAUGGAACUGAGGAAAAAGCUGGAGAGGGACUUCCAGAGCCUGAAAGAUAACUUCCAGGACCAGAUGAAGCGGGAGCUGGCGUACCGGGAGGAGAUGGUGCAGCAGCUCCAGAUCGUCCGAGACACGCUGUGCAACGAGCUGGACCAGGAGAGGAAAGCGCGCUACGCCAUCCAGCAGAAGUUGAAAGAGGCCCACGACGCGCUGCAUCACUUCUCCUGCAAAAUGCUGACCCCGCGGCACUGCACGGGGAACUGCUCCUUCAAGCCGCCGCUGCUGCCCCAGUGAGCCCCCCCCGGACCCCCCAAACCCCGAAGCCAUGCGGGCAGAGCCCACACAAGCCAUUUCCACGAGGAGACACUUGUACAUAGAGGACUCGGAGCUCGGCUUUCCUCGGACUGGCAAUACGGCGGGGAGCGGCCUCGGGAUGGCCGGGAAUGGGGGAGCCGGGCCCCCCGCCCUGAGCCCCGCGCCCCCCGGGGCCCCCCGCUCCGCCCCCCUUGUCCCCCCGUGUGUCCGCUUCUUCCACCCUUGUCCAGACUGGAAACACAAGUGGCUAUGUGCAAUGGAUAUAAAUGUACUGUGAUUCUCUUGGUACAGUAUUUGUUGGAUUUUUAUUUAUUUAUGAUGUAUAUUUAUUCCCCCCCCCCCCCCCCUCGGGCCCCCUCCUCCCUCACCACCCCCCCGUACAUUUAUGGAUGUAACAGCACUUUACCGGGCGGUCCGGACUCCGGAGGCAGAACAACGCUCGCCCGCUCUGGAGAGAGCCCCCUCUGUACGUGAUUUUUGGUUCUUUAAUAAAAACCGACUUUAAGAAG